AUGCCUUGCUUAUGCCUGCGCUCAUUUCUUCCACAUUGCCGGACGCCCUCUGAACGCCGAUGUCAUACAGGUACUCAUCAAACUUUACCAUUACCUUCGGCUUCUCGUCCCAUACGCCUAUCCAUCUGCGCAUUGCAUGUAGGCAGCUGUCCCAGUGACGAUUCUCAUUCUGAUAUGACAUUGCUGGCUGUUGCAUGUCCACGGGUACCACGGAAGAUUCACGAUUCCGAUACGUAUCAACCUCGAUGCACUUGCUACUUGUCAGAGGAAGCAAACAACGUUGAUAGACUCUGUCAUGUCCCCAGGGGGAUUGGUCGUCAGCUGCUCGAUUCCGCUGGUACUCGCAGUUACAUCCGUGCCCAACGGAUAUCCCAGGAGAUAGGGUGCAUUGACCGCUAUCAUGUUUCUAAACCAUGCGUUCGUUUCCUCAGAGGAACAACUGUGUUGAAUUAUAUCAGAUCUCCUGGUUUAAUCAACGCAGGCCCGAGUCUAGGCACUGCAUAUGUGCAAUCAGGACGUGGACAUCGGACUGUUUAA